AUGGCAUUCCUGAAGAGUUUUGCAGCAGCCUACAGGACGAGCUCCCAGGGCGAGCAGCUGAACAAGCAGCUGCUCUUCACUUUACGCGCGUUACACAAGUCUGCAGCCAGCGAGGCUCUGGGGAUCUCCACGGCCGAAGAGGAGGCCCUGGGCCAGAGCCUGGUCACACCGGCCGAGGUGGAUCAGAAAGUGAAGAGUCUGAAGGAGAUGCCCGGACCGAGCACCCUCUCCAACCUGGUGGAGUUCUUCUGGAGGGACGGGUUCAGCAGAAUCCAUGAAAUACAGAUGGACCACAGAAAGAAGUAUGGAAAGAUUUUCAAGUCCCGAUUUGGACCUCAGCUGGUGGUCUCGAUCGCAGACCGGGACCUGUUGGCUCAGGUGCUGAGAGCCGAGGGCCCGGCCCCCCAGAGAGCCAACAUGGAGUCAUGGAAGGAGUACAGAGACAUCAGUGGAAGAGCCACUGGACUCAUCUCAGCUGAGGGGGAGCAGUGGCUGAAGAUGCGGGGGGUGCUCAGGCAGCUCAUCAUGCGUCCCCGGGACGUGGCGGUCUUCUCCGAUGACGUGAACCAGGUGGUGGAUGACCUGAUCAAGAGGGUUUAUACUCUGAGGAGCCGCGCGUCUGACGGAGCAACGGUCCUCAACGUGAACGACAUGUUCUUCAAGUAUGCCAUGGAAGGUGUGGCAGCUAUUUUGUACGAGUGUCGACUUGGCUGUUUGGAAAACAAGAUUCCCCGGGAAACCCAAGACUACAUCACCGCACUGAACCUCAUGUUCAGCUCCUUUAAGACGACCAUGUACGCCGGCGCCAUCCCCAAGUGGCUCCGGCCUCUCAUCCCUAAACCAUGGGAGGAAUUCUGUAACUCCUGGGAUGGCCUCUUCAAAUUCAGCCGUAUUCACGUUGAUAAGAGGCUCCAAGAUAUCGAGGCCCAGCUGGAGCGGGGAGAGGAGGUGAAGGGGGGGCUGCUCACGCACAUGCUCGUCACCAGGGAGAUGAACAUAGAGGAGAUCUACGCCAACGUGACAGAGAUGCUGCUGGCCGGUGUGGACACGACGUCCUUCACUCUGUCCUGGGCCUGCUACCUGCUGGCACAGAACCCUCGUGUGCAGCAGCAAAUCUUCACCGAAGUGACGGCGGCUCUGGGACCUGGAGCCGUGGCCACAGCUGAAGACGUCCCCCGUCUGCCUCUCAUCAGAGGGCUGGUCAAAGAAACUCUCAGGCUGUUUCCAGUUCUCCCAGGCAACGGAAGGAUUACCCAGGAUGACUUGGUGGUGGGCGGAUACUUCAUCCCCAAAGGGACUCAGUUGGCUCUUUGUCACUACUCCACAUCUUUGGACGAGGAGGGCUUUGCUGAUGCUUCAGACUUCUGUCCAGAACGCUGGAUACGGAAAGAUUACACAGAUCGUGUUGACAACUUUGGCUCCAUUCCAUUUGGCUAUGGCAUCAGGAGCUGCAUCGGCAGGAGGAUCGCAGAGUUGGAGAUGCAUCUCGCCCUCACGAGGCUCAUUCAGAAGUUCACCAUCGUGGCGUCUCCUCUCACUGCGGACGUCAAGGCGAAGACCCACGGCCUGCUCUGCCCGGCCGCUCCCAUUCACCUGCAGUUCAUCGAAAGGGAAAACUAA